AUGGCUCCGCAAUCGAGAUACGACGAUGAUGACCAGGGCAUAUUCAUGAACAAGUCAACGAUGUUGGCGAACUUCGAGGAAUGGAUUAAGAUGGCCACUGAUAACAAGAUCAACUCUCGAAACAGCUGGAACUUUGCGCUGAUCGACUACUUCCAUGACCUCAACGUCCUUAAGGAUGCGGAGGACAACAUUAACUUCCAGAAGGCGAGCGCAACGCUGGACGGCUGUGUGAAGAUCUACUCAUCGCGCGUGGACUCCGUGGCCAACGAGACGGGCAAGCUGCUGAGCGGGCUUGCCGAGCGGCGCAACAAGGAGGCCGCGGAGGGGGCAGACGGCGGAGCGGACGGCGGGGAGCGGGAGGAUGAGGUGGAGAUUGACCCUGAGAGCGGGAUGCCGAUUGCGCGGGACCUGCUGGACGUGGGGAAGCGCCGGCGAAACUACAACCGGGUGCUGGAGACGACCCUGGUGGAGUUCAGCACGAUCCGGGCGAAAGAGCUGGACCAGGAGCUACACAUUGAUCCGCUUUUCAAGAAGACCUUGGCCGCCUUUGACGAGGGCGGCGCGAAAAGCCUGCUGCUGAACACGCUGAACGCGGACAAUGAUCUGCGUGUGGUCUUCGACGCUACAUCAGCGGACGCAGAGGGGGGGCGUUCUGCUGCCUCCGCAGGUAUGGCGACGGCUGAGGCAGGCGGGGAAACCGAGACUCCAUCGUGCACAGAGGACGAGGAAAGCGAGGCCUCAGACCGAUUGGAACCCUCAUUGCGUGCUGACGACGAGGAAAUGCUGGAUGCAGAGACGUCAAUCUGCCCUUCGGACGCCCCGCUUGCAGCAGAACUCUCGGUCAUCUCUGAGACAGACUCAGUGAGCUCGAUUGUGGUUGAGGAUGAGAUUCUUGCUUUGGGGAUCCAGUUCUUGAACUUCGAUCUCAUCAAUGCGGCAGAGCUAUGCCCGUCGAUGUCCCAGUUGAAGGCCGCUGUGCAGGACGGCGACCACGCAAAGAUAUUCAUGGACGCCAACCACAAGUUCGACAACUUCCUGACGGAGGAAGACAUGCAGGAAGCGAUCCCGGCCUCGGGGGACUGCGCAGAUGGCGAUGACUUUGGGUACGUGCUACCAGGCCAGGAUGAUGAGGAGUCGUACAAUGCCAGCAACGACGACAUGCAGCACGGUGACUCACUUGGCCCGGAUGAGUCGCCGUCCAACAUGGUGGCAAGCGUCAUGGACCAAGAUCUUCUGGCAUACUUUGACGACGUGUUUACCAAGAGCUGGCGGGGAAGAGAGCACUGGAAGGUGCACAAUUACAAGAACAAGCUGCUGAAGCACAAGGAGAAGCUCAGCCUGGACCCCAAGCAGCGCGCCGACUCGGCCGCAUCCAGCAACGACGACAAGGAGCCUAGGAAGAAGGCCAGGAAGGACAAUACCGUGGACUUCUUCGACCUCGAGAGCAGCGCCGAGGAGACGAUCUUUGCCGCGUCCAAGACCUCAAUUGAGCUCCCGGAGAAGCACCGGGAAGACCCGUCGCACUACCUGCUGCCAGAUGACUACCAUUUCUCGGCGGCAAAGGUCACCAAGCUGUUCAUAAAGCCGAAGCAGCACAUGAGCUUCUUCGCCCAGAGAAAACGCCCCUCUGUCGCCGCUGCGCCCCGCCUGCCGCCGGUCGGCCCUAUAGAGCCCUCGGCGCCCCCGCAGCUCGCAGACGAAAACUUCUGGGCAGACAGGUACAAGGAACAAGAACUGCAGGACAGCCAGCUGCAGGACGCGUCGCCCGAUACGGGCACCGCCGCAGACCCCACCGUCUCUGACGAUGAGUGCGUCGACUUCAACCAGGCCUUCGACGCCGACGGCCUCGACGACGACGACCACGACGCUGUCGCCCUCACCCCGCUCGCCAAGCCCGACGCCAAGGUCCCCUAUUCCCGCACCGCCAAGAAGGUCGACGUCCGCCGCCUCAAGAACAACCUGUGGAAGGCCCUCUCCGCCCGCCUCGCCGCUGAGAAGAGCGCCGCCGCCGAGGAGAGCGCCGCCGCCGAGGAGAGCGCCGCCGAGGAGAGCGCCGCCCCCGCCCCACGCCCGCUCUGCAUCAAGUUCACCGACAUCGCCGCCGAUAUCGCCGCCAUGUACUCCGACAAGACCCGCAAGGACCUAUCCACCAGUUUCUGCUUCAUCUGCCUACUGCACCUGGCCAACGAGCACGGCUUCUCCAUUUCACACUGCGACCGUUACGAUGAUCUGAACAUUCUCUUUGAUCUGGAUGCCGCUGCCUAG